AUGGCCAUGUAUGAUUUUUUGAUGGAGAGCAUCCCAGACGCUGAUGACAUGGAAUCGUCGGUUUCUUUUGAGGCCAUAACAUCCGAUGAGAUGAGUUCCUCUUCCUCUUGCUCUGAAAAUAACGGAAAGAUUAAAGAACCCAUCUUCCAUAAUUUUUUAGCCGUUGCGGAGAGAGAUGAUGUUCAAGUCGGUGAAGCUGCAGGAGUACUACUUGCGAGCAAUAAGCCAUCGGAAUCGGAGGAGAUUUUGUUGGAUUUGAAGUUGGGUUGCGCUUCUUGCGUCACCAAAAAGAGGAAAGCAUGCGAAAACUCUGCGAAGCUCACUCCUCCUUCAUCCAGCGCUCGUGGGAUCAAAAGGAUGAAAUAUAAUUGCCAGGAAGUUUCACUGGAAUUGAAGCUUGGGUUUGAUCCCUGGGUUAUCAAGAAGACAAUUCAAACAAGCGAUGUUGGGGAUUUGGCGAGGCUCUUGCUGGCGGCGGGAUCGGUAAAGCACCAUAUUUUGACGAUGUGGGAUGCAGAAACCAUUGAAAAGAUUAAGGAUGGUUUAGGAGUUGUUGUUUGGGAUAAAGAUACAAAUUCCGAACACCAAAUGGAAUUCAAACAAUGGAAAAGUGGGAGCUAUGUCCUCAUCAAACAAUGGACCAAUGAAUUUGUGAAAAGAAGGGAUCUGAAGAGGGGUGAUGAGGUCGGACUUUAUUGGGAUCAAACCAAUUCAAGAUUCAAUUUCAGCGUUCUCAAGCGGCUUUGA